AUGACAGAAACUAUUGAAAGCAAUGUGAAUAUUUCAACAUAUUUACAAUCCUAUUUGGCUGCCCAAAAUGAACAUGCUACCCAAUUGAUGCUGAAAUUUACUCCUGAAGAAAACACCUUUGAAUCAAGUUUUAGGAAUAUUACAGAAAACAUGUUUUUUAAGCUUUUAAAUACAACAAGAACAGGGUCUGCACAUCAUCACGUAGGGAUUUCCUUACAGAGGUUUCUUUCAGGAAUAUUAGUUUCUGUCCUUUUCUUUUUCUUCCAACUCCUCAUCUUUCUUCUACUCAGAACAAAAUUAAAAACAAUUUACCAAGCAAAUAAAGUUCUAGAAGAAAAUUCUUCUGAUGGUAAUGAGGAUCAUAGUUCGUCGUUUGGAAGGCACUUUUCAUGGAUUAAAGAUAUAUUUCUAAGUCCAAUUGAAAAAUACAAAGACAAAGCCGGUAUUGAUGGGUAUUUUUUUCUGAGAUUCUUGAGGUUUUUAAUGCUUCUAUUUUUUAUUUUAUCAUUCGUUAAUAUACCAUUCUUAGUCCCAGUUCACUUACUAGCCGAAAACUUGAAAUUAGAUUCUCAAACAGGAGAUGACAACCAAUUUAAACCGCAUUUAUUGGAUCGAUUGAAUAUGUCAAAUAUAAUCCCACCAUCUGAGCCCAAUAUCCUCAUUAUUCAUCUGGUAAUAUGUAUAUUUGUUAUUAUUUGGUUCCAUAUUAUGUUAAAAUCUGAAUUAAGGUAUGGUGUUAGUGUAUCUAUGAAGGAAAUUAUGAGGAAUAAGUACCAAACCGUUCUUUAUGUUGAUAAUGUUCCAAGGGAUAUGAACAAAAUUGUUGAAUAUUUUAGUUUAAUAGGUCAAAUAAUGGAUGUCCAAUUUGUUCCCAAAGAUUACAAAAAAUGCCAUAAUAUUUGGAAAAGAUUGUGCAGCAUUGAAGAAAAGUUGGAGAUUAUAUCAAUGGAAAUUAUUUUAGAAAAGAUUUUUGAGAAAAGUAGGCCAAAGACUUUAAAGUAUUUCAAAUUCCACUUCAAUAAGCUGAUUUUUCGUUUAAAGACUUGUCGACGUUUACUUAAUGUUACAUUUUCCCUUCAUUGGGGUAAUAGAGAUGGGGGUCUCUUACACUAUUUGCCAGAAUUAAAAGUUACAAAGGUUCCAUUUCUUGAGGAGAGAUACAUCGCCUUUGAAGAAACAUUAGAGCAUUAUAGAAGAAUGGCAGAUAAAUGGGAUGACAACUACUAUGGAUUGGAAACAGCUCAUCAGGAGCUUAUUGGUACAAGUUCUCAUUCAAAAUCUUAUUUCAAAAAAGUGUUUAUCAAUUUCGAUUCUGUAAAAACAGCUCAUAUAUUUGGUCAACUACUACUAUCACACCAUAAUGACGAGUGGAAUAAUAUUAUUAUCGGGCCUAAUCCUCGUGACAUUAAGUGGGGUAACCUGGCAUUAAAAUCUCCAUAUGUCAUGUUCUUCCGUUCAAUAUUAGCAAGUCUAUUGGGAACUUUAACCAUUGUCGGGUGGAUAUUACCUGUUGUUACCAUAGGACUUAUAUCCCAACUUCCAUUUUUCAAUUCACCAAUCCCUCUUCCUAAAUUUUUUAGUAAAAAUUCUGAAUUUGUUCAGGAUAUGGUAAUGAGUGUAUUCUCAGUAAUGACUCUGGUUUUCUUGACUGAAUUUGUUCCUUUUAUUUUUGAAUGGUUCAGUCAUUUGAGGGCCUGCAAGACGGGAGCUGCAAUUCAAAUCGAUAUUCAAAAUUGGUUUUUCGUUUUCCUAUUUGUUCAUAUAUUUCUGGUUCUCACAAUUUCCUCAGGAAUAUCUUUCGUUAUUGAAAGUUUACUCAAUAACCCAGUUAGCAUUCCCACCUUAUUAGCCCACGAUUUGCCCAAAAGUUCAAAUUUUUUCUGUUCAUUUAUAUUGAUGCGUGGAAUUGCUUACGCUGGAGGUAACAUCAUCAGAGUGAAGGAAUUAUUAAUUGAAUUAUUAUACUAUCGACCAUUUAUGUAUACUCCUCAUAAAAGAUAUGAAAGGUUGACUAGGUCGCUAUCUUUCCAAUGGGGAACAAUUUAUCCAAUAUUUUCCGUUUUGGGGUGUAUCGGUCUCAUUUAUAGCGUAAUUGCACCCAUAAUCCUUCCAUUAUGUUGUGUGUCGUUUUCAUUUGUCUAUUUUUCAUUCAAAUAUCUUUUCGAGUUUCAAUAUAACGAAGAGAAUAAAUCAGAGACAUUUGGUAAAUUAUAUUCGCAUGCUUUAAUGGAGCUCUAUACAGGCCUAUAUUGCAUGGAAUUCUGUGUUAUGGGAAUCUUUGCCAUUUCAAACGCGUACAAGUUAUCCUUUUGUCUUUUUAUUAUAGUUAUUAUGACUGUUAUAACACAGUACAAGAUUUCUACUGUCUAUCUAUCGCGCUGGAACCAAUUGCCAUUAUAUUAUAUCAAAGAAAAUCAGUCAUUAGAGUCCAGAGAUUUAGCUGAAACCGAUUAUAACGAUGCAAGAUGCAAUUUGAAAGAGUUUGAAAUUCCAUUAAUUGACACCAAAAAGAAACAUGACGAGAUAUGGUUGCUAAACAAUGACCAAGGAAUAGGUGAGGAGGAACAAGAGCACUUGGAAAAACAUUAUGAUGUCGCUUGCAAUUGUGAUAAAUUCUCGGUUGAUAAAUUAGGUAAUGUGUAUUUAAACGAUAAAUAG